AUGCCUACCGCCGUGGUUACCGGCGCCAACUCAGGCAUCGCACAUGAGUUCGUCAAGGUCCUUCUGGGAGAGGGCUACAAGGUUUUCGCUGUCGACAGGGAUCAAGGCGACGGCUUGAGCGCGCUUCAAAAAGCAGGAGCACAGACUUCUGUUCUUGAUGUGACCUCUAUCGACUCUAUUGGAGAGUUCAAGAAGUCUCAGAUCAAAGAUGCACCCCUCGACCUUCUCUUGAACAUUGCAGGUAUUGCAGCAGGCUCUGAUGUGGACGGACUAACCAACAGCACUCUUGACAUCUUUCAGAAGACCUUCGCAGUGAACGCCUAUGGGCCCUUCUUCGUCACGCAGGCCCUCCUGCCGAACCUCGAAGCCGCCACCAAGGCCAAGAUUGGCAUCGUCACGUCGCGUGUUGGAUCCAUUGGCGACAACAGCAGUGGAGGGCAUUAUAGCUACCGGGCGUCGAAAGCAGCCGCGAACAGUAUCGGCAAAUCCAUUGCAAUGGACUUGAAGGACAAGGGUAUUGCCGUACUGCUCCUACACCCUGGCUACGUCAAGACAGGUUUGCUACCAAACGCCACCAUGCCGCCCGAGACAGUACUGCCCAAUGAGGCCGCCGAGAAGCUCUGGCGAAACGUCGUCAAGCCCAAGGGCAUGGAGCAAACUGGCACGUUCUGGCAUCGCGAAGGCUUUGAACUACCCUGGUAG